CACCGACAUGAUCCCUUAAUCAGAAGGUCCGACGAUCUCGCUCUUUCCCUCGGCGAUUAGCGCGAUAUCCCAAGUCCCCUGUGUCUACAAUGGCGACGCCAACACCCUCCUCGAACACGGCGCAAAAGCACCUCCCCGUCUUCUCGUCACCGGCUCCGCGCGGCACGCCUCACACAGGCGCAACAACUGGCAUGAUGAAUUACGACUCGCCCGCUAUGCUUAAUAUGCUGAGUGAAGGAGGAGGAGGGCUGGGAGGAGUUAACAUGGGAGGAGUUAACAUGGGAGGAGUAAACAUGGGAGGAGUAAAUAUGGACAUUUCGCUAUCGCAGCUGGGGAUAACGAGCGCGAGCGCAAGCGCAAUGGGACGCGCAGACGACGCGGAAAGGACGAGAAGACUACACAACAUCAUCGACACGCUGAAGCAGAAGCCUGGGCGCGUGAGCGUGGAGAACGUGCUUGCGCUCUGCACCAGGCUUGGUAUCGAGCCUCACAAGGAGCCGCAUAGCUAUCUUGUUCCUAUUGGCGAGUCGAAUCUCCUUGAGAUCUUCUUUCAAGGAGACGAAGUCGAGAAGGUCGAUCUGCAGGGCGGUUUUGACAAUCACAAUGAGAGCAUUGGUUUUGGCGCAUCAGGCACAAAAAUCAUUUACCGCAACUUGCAACCUCUACCCGGUCAAAGCAAAAUCAACGCUACUCUCGAGCGGUUUGCACACAAUCUGGAGAAGCUCGUGACCUUGGACAAGCUGGGAUCGCCAAAGAAUGGAGGAGUAAGCUGUUACGAAGCCAUCGCUGGUGUUUAUACAAGUUUGCAGAAACUGUUCGAGCAUGAAAAGAAGAUGGCACUUGCGGUCAUGGACGAAGACACGCCGAAUCGAUUUCACAGAGCGGAGAGAGAGGUGCUUUGCAAGAAGAGUGGUCGACCUAGGCCUAACAUCGGGGAUCGACUGGGACUCAAUCUGGAGUACUGGAUGGACCGGAGACACAUCAUACCGAAGUCACGAGCAAAGGCAACGUCUUCUGAAAAGGGCAAAGAGAAGAUGGACAUUGACACCCAGGAGCAGAGCGGAUACCCAGAGGACGAUGACGACCUGCCGACCAAUACGGUGUACUCGCUGGCGCUGGAAUGUGAGCACUCUCCCUCAACGCUGUACACGCCUAUUCGUAUAUCAGACGACUGGAUCAGUGACACGAUAGAGAAGCCAGUCGAUGCGAACGAUGCGAACGCGCUUGACAACAUCAUCCUGAAUACACUUUCAUUAGAUUGGCAAGAACCCAAGCCGACCUUUCUAGAACCGCCAGCACCAUCUGGUGACGACGAUGCUAUGAAUCUCGAUGCUGACCCUGGCCGUCUACCCAAUCUACGUUUCAUCGCUAAGUUCAACCCACCGCUUGUGGUCCCUAUCACCACCUACAUCUCGCUACACCAAUCCGUUGGUGUUGAACCACCCCAAGACUUCACCGCAACAACCUUCGUUGGUCUGGCCCUACGACCCAACGAACUCGAUCCAGCCAUAACCGGCACAGCAGGCGCGACCACGCACGAGAUCCGCAGCACGCGAGCCACGCUUGUUCGCGACCUUGACGGAAAUGAGAAAGACAUCACCCACAACCUCAGCCUGUACGUGCCUAAGAUGGAGUAUAGCAGGAGACUCGAAAGCCUGCCCUUCGCCCACCCAAAACAGCUCGUCGAGAUGCUGCCGAUCCUGAGACAAUACGCGUUCACGACGAGUCUGCUUCAGACAUCUUUCCUCGAGACCGAGCCGAAGAAAUUAGCUGAGCUACCGACACCGCCCAGCACCCCAGAUGCAGAUGCUGAAGACGGAGUGCCGCUACAAUUCGACGUUAAUCUCUCCUACACACCACCCGCGCCCCGCUUUACUAUCCACAUCCCCCACCCCUCAUCAAGUUUCCCCUCCAACACACAGACAAGUACACGCCCCGACGCUGCAACACCGGCGUCCAUCUCCGAGUUAUUAUCGGGCCUGCUGUCUGACUCAAACAACACUGGCCCCCACGCCCCACUCAGUGUCACGCUGGACGUGCACGCGAACGCGGAGCUGGUGGUCAGCGAGCAGAAUGUCGUCGAGGGAGCGAGGCCAGGAGAGGAGGACCUGGAGAAGGCGCAGCAAGCGGCGGACAGGGUUAAGAGGGUUGCGCAGGCAUUGGAGGUCAGCGGUGAUCUGGGGGUUUGGGGUGAGUGGUUAAGGAGGGAGGUUGUGAGACAGUGAAAGGGAGAGA